AUGACUUACACUCAAUUGCUACCGUAUCUGAUUCAGAAUGGGACUGUCGUGCCAAGGGCAUUACCUCCAAUGCCGAAGUUGCAUAAGCCUUGGUAUGAUGAGAAUGCUAGAUGUGCCUUUCAUGCUAAUUCAGAGGGUCAUACAACAGAGAAUUGCAAGGUGUUCAAGCUUCGGGUCCAAGAAUUGAUAGAUCAGAAAAUAUUGUCUUUUGCUGAUGUUCCAAAUGUGGGGAACAAUCCUUUACCUAAACAUGAUAGUUCAGGUGUCAGUGCUAUAGAAAGUUCAACUGAUGAUGGAUUGAUAAAGGAUGUGUUCAAGUUGAAGACUCUUUUAACAGUGGUCCAUGCUAGAUUGAUGGAAGCAGAAUUGAUGAAUGGAGUACAUGAUAAUUGUGUGGUAUGUUCGUCCAACCCCGAUCAGUGUGGUGAAUUCAAAAUUUAUCUUCAACGUUUGAUGGAUCAACGGGUUAUUCAGUUCACUAGAGCAAAGAUUGAUGAGGACGUUGCUGUGGUUGUGCCUGUGUUUGAUCAGGAGAGGCUUCCCAAGCCUUUUGUGGUCCCUUAUCAGAGAAAUGUUGACCUAGAGCCAGUGGAGAAGAUUGAGCCCAUGGUUAUCCAUGUUCCCGCUCCAUUCUCAUUUGACAGUACCAAAGCCGUACCUUGGAACUAUGAGCCUGUAGUUUAUGUGGGUAACAAACCAGUAAUCUUGAAAGAGCCAGAUGUGACUAACAUCGCUGGAGCUAGUGGUGUGACUCGAAGUGGAAGGGUUUUCGCUCCUGAAGUGACCCCAAACAAAGAAAGUGUACCAACAGUUGAACCAACGAAAGGGAAAGAGGUGAAUCCUCCAGAAGUAGGAGAAGGCUCAUCUAAGAAAGCAGUGACUACUGAAGAGGAUAGAGAAUUCUUGAAGAUCAUCAAGAAGAAAGAUAUCAGUGUUAUUCAGUUUGAUAAUGUGGUUGCUAAUCUCAAUGCUAGUAGUUGUUUGAUGUUCACUGAUGAUGAUUUACCCCCUAAUGGGCGAGAACAUAAUAUGGCGCUUCAUAUCUCCAUUCAGUGUACAGAUGUUACUUUGGCUCGAGUACUGGUGGAUACAGGUUCAUCCUUGAACGUGUUACCUAAGACUACCCUGGCACAAUUGAAUAUUGAAGGGGUGUAG